UUUCACCUAUCACUUCCCUUUUUUCUAGGCUUUAUUAUCCUUAUUAUAAUUAUUUAAGAAGAAAAACCAAACCUCACAACCUCAUUAUUCAACACUCAUCAACACAAAAAAUGUCUUCAAGUGGUAGCAACAUUCAUGGCAAGAAUAUGGAACAAGAAUCACCAAGCAUCCCAACAGUGACACUUAGCCGCUACGAGUCUCAAAAGAGAAGAGACUGGAACACUUUUGGUCAAUACUUGAACAACAUGAGACCACCAGUUCCACUUGCACAGUGCAACUCUAACCAUGUGUUGGAUUUUCUUCGUUACUUGGACCAGUUUGGAAAAACUAAGGUUCACUUACUAGGUUGUAUGUUUUAUGGACAACCGGAACCACCUGCACCUUGUACUUGUCCUCUUAGACAAGCUUGGGGAAGCUUGGAUGCUCUUAUAGGAAGACUUAGAGCUGCUUAUGAAGAAAAUGGUGGGUCUCCUGAUACUAACCCUUUUGCUAGUGGCUCUAUAAGGGUUUAUCUUAGGGAGAUCAGAGAGUGUCAAGCUAAGGCUAGAGGUAUACCUUACAAGAAGAAAAAGAAAGGAUCAAAUCAAAGCAAGGGAAGUGAAGAAUCAAGUUCUAGUACUAUGAACUUUUCUUGAAUAUUCUUGGAAAUGUGGUUAAAAUUAAUGGAGGAGUUCUUCCUUAUAAAGGUUUGGUUUUCUAUAUGGCAUCUUAUAAAGGCUUUUAUUUUGUUAAUUAAUUACUUGGGAACUUGUAAGCUCUUAUAGUUAUAGUAAUUUUGGAAUCAAAAUUAUAUAAGCAUUGGUUAUGUCUCGGUGUGUCUUAUAUUCAAACAUCAUUUGAAAUUUUACAUAUAUAGUUCUUGGUUUCAUUUAAAAAACAUGAAAGAUGUAAGUUUGGUUUCACAUGUACACUUUAUCAAUUAUAGUUAGCGAUUGUUUUUGCCUAUUUUUAUUUUUUUUCGGAAUUUCUUCUUUGAAAUAGG